UCCGUUUUCUCAUGGCCUGAUUUUUUUCUCUCUCUUCUUUUUCUCCUCCUCUUUCUGGGUCGUUCUCUAUCGUCUCUUCAAAUCCCCCUCACGCGGACUCUGUGUGUCUGUGUUGGUUUUACUGAUCAGCCUUCCUGUUGCUGCAGAGGAACUGCGAGCAGUGAGAUAAGGCGAGCACAUGCUUGCAUUUGGGGAAGUGGGGAGGGCAAGAGAGGACAAAAGUAACAGAUACGGCAUGAAGGUUACAAUGCAAGUUAUUUAGCAAAUUAGCCGAGGUCAUGGCAGGCCUCCUCUGAGCCGGCUGCUCUCAGCGGCAGCAGUGCAACUCGGCGGUGGAAUAACCUAUCGGAAGAGUUCCUUGUGAGGCUCCCAGUGCUGAGGAACAGAGGAAUCUCAAAAAAAACCUGCACGGGCAAGGAUUAAGGAGACCUGCAUAAAUCCAGAGAACAAACUGAGGAAGUGAGAGGAGGGGAACUGGAGCUUAAGCACCCAGGGCCUGAGGAUCACAGCGCUGGAUAUGCAUGUUGAUGCACUUUGACUCCUCUGGCAUGAGACACGUGGGGGCGCGGGACUAAAGGGAGGAUCAGGGGCCUUGUUAUUAGAUCCUGCCCUGGUUUGAGGACAGGUUGCAGCACGUACAGCAGGUGCUGUGCUUCCCUCUGCCUCAGACGUGAGUCGACGCACUAAAAAUGAUGUGAGGGGGGGGGACUGCGUGGGAGAGGCGGCGGUCGAACUGAGCAGAGACAGCCGAUAUCAAGUGGAGGCUGAGGGAGUUUUCUUUCACUGGUCGGCUCCGGCAGGGCCAGAGCGGGCGGCGAUGAGUCAGAGAAAGCUGACACGACAGAUGAGGUUGUGGGAGAGUCCUGAGGGUCCGGAACCUGCGCCCUCUCUCACCUCGCCCCUGUCACCGGUCGAUCAGCCUCGUGGACACGGUGGCUCUGCUUUGUUUCGGCGUAUGAAACUGAACCGAAGUAUUCAGGAGCACAGCCGCUCCUCGUUCUGUGUUUGCAGCUUCGAUUCGGAGAAUGGUCCUUCGCCGGGUCGCAGUCCCAUGGAUUCGCAGGCGAGUCCUGGGGUGGUGCUCCAUCCUUCCUUCCCCCAGAGUCAGCGCAGGGAGUCCUUCCUGUACCGCUCGGACUCCGACUAUGACACGUCCCCCAAAACCAUGUCGCGCAACUCCUCCGUCAACAGUGAGGGGCACGCCGAAGACAUGAUCGUCACCCCUUUCGCUCAGGUGUUGGCCAGCCUACGAACUGUAAGAAGCAACUUCACCAUCCUCGCCAAUGUCACAACACCCACUAACAAGAGGUCACCAGUGACAAGCCAACCCACUGUUCCCCAAGCUACACUCUCUGAGGAGACAUACCAGCAGAUGGCUCGGGAGACUCUGGAGGAGCUGGACUGGUGUCUGGACCAGCUGGAGACCGUUCAGACCCACCGCUCCGUCAGCGAGAUGGCCUCCAACAAGUUCAAGAGGAUGUUGAACAGGGAGCUGUCCCAUUUGUCAGAGAUGAGUCGCUCAGGGAACCAGGUGUCGGAAUACAUCUCCACUACCUUUCUAGAUAAGCAGAAUGAGGUGGACAUCCCGUCCCCGACCUUGAGGGAGCGGGAGAAGCCCAUGUGUCACAUCAGCGGUGUGAAGAAGCUCACGCACAGUUCCAGCCUUUGCAACUCCACCAUGCCUCGCUUCGGUGUGAAGACAGAACAUGAGGAUGCAUUAGCCAGGGAGCUGAGCGACUUGAACAAGUGGGGCCUUAAUAUCUUUCGUGUGGCAGAAUUCUCUAAUAACAGACCCCUCAGCUGCACAAUGUUUGCCAUUUUCCAGGAGAGAGAUCUAUUGAAGACCUUUCGGAUCCCAGUGGACACAUUUGUCACCUAUGUAAUGACCCUGGAGGACCACUAUCAUGCCAAUGUGGCUUACCACAACAGCCUCCAUGCUGCAGAUGUCACUCAGUCAACACACGUACUGCUGUCCACACCAGCUCUAGAUGCGGUGUUCACUGAUCUAGAGAUUCUAGCUGCGUUAUUUGCCGCUGCCAUCCACGAUGUGGAUCAUCCAGGAGUGUCCAACCAAUUCCUCAUAAACACCAACUCAGAGUUGGCCCUCAUGUAUAACGAUGAGUCUGUGUUGGAGAAUCAUCACCUAGCUGUGGGCUUCAAGCUGCUGCACGAGGACAACUGUGACAUCUUCCAGAACCUCAGCAAGAGGCAGAGACAGAGCCUGAGGAAACUCGUCAUCGAUAUGGUUUUGGCAACAGAUAUGUCAAAACACAUGAGUUUGUUGGCAGAUCUCAAGACGAUGGUGGAAACCAAGAAGGUGACAAGUUCUGGAGUACUGCUGCUAGACCACUACAAUGAUCGGAUACAGGUUUUGAGGAACAUGGUGCACUGUGCUGACCUGAGCAAUCCUACGAAGCCCCUGGCCGUGUAUCGACAAUGGACGGAGAGAAUCAUGGAAGAGUUCUCCAGGCAGGGAGAUAAGGAGAGGGAGCGAGGGAUGGAGAUCAGUCCCAUGUGCGACAAACACACAGCAUCUGUGGAAAAGAGCCAGGUGGGAUUCAUCGACUACAUUGUCCACCCGCUGUGGGAGACAUGGGGCGACCUGGUGCACCCCGAUGCCCAGGACAUCUUGGACACUCUGGAGGACAACAGGGACUGGUACCAGAGUAAUAUCCCACAAAGCCCCUCGCCACCUCCUGUUGACAAGGAUCUGAACGUCUGCAUGGACAAGUUUCAGUUUGAGCUCACCCUUGAAGACAGUUCUCCGAUAGAUCAGGGAGACGAGGGUGACAAGCCCACACCAAACCACGUGGUGCAGGUCAUUCAGGCAGAGGAGGAGGAUAAAAAAGAAGAAGAGGAAGAAACAAUGGCUGUGGAGGAAAUUGAGGACACAAUAGAAGAAGAAGACGAGGUGGCGAUGGAUGAAGAGGAGGUGGGGGAUGAGCAGGAGGAGGAACUGAAGACUCAUCUGGAGGUGACAUUGGAAAAGGAGAGACUUUCUGACACAAGUCCUGUAGAGGAAGACGAGGAUUCUUCUUCACAAGCUGAAGAUACAUGAGUUCUGCUCCUGCAUCUCCCUCCUCACUUGCACACAUUAACUUGUUUAUCCUUUCCAUGGCCAAACCAAGAACAAAUAAGACUGCAAUGACAAUACAGACCUUUAAAUAUAUUUUUCAAAAAGGGAAAAAUAAAAAAUCGCUUAAAGAGAAGUUAAUUACACAGCAACUGUAGAUUUGGAGCGGCGACAAGUCCUUCGGCAUAUUUUCACGAUGAACUUUGACCUGAGGGGAAUUUAGAGGAGCAUUAUCGAAGGGCAACUGAAGACGGCGUAGCACUCUGGGACUGGAAAUGCACACACAUAAACACACAUGAAGUGACAUACGCACAUAUGAGACACAAGAGCAGGAGUCACAAAGAACACAUCAAUGCAAUGUGUGUGUGCCUGCAUUUGUCAUGCGGGACAAUGUAGUCCAUAUGUACACACACACACACACUUGACUGUAUGUUUGUAUGUGUGCAUUUACAUGAGGGACACUGAUCAGUAAAGAAUCUCUUUGGAAAAAGCCAUCUCUUAACGAAGUAUUAACUAGUGUCAGUCAGUAUUAGUAAUUCAUGUUUGUUAGAAUCUCAACAGAAACCGUUCUCCUCAGAAAAGCCACAGUCCAAGUGACUUUUUUUUUUUCCAUUUCUGUCGGAAAGAAAAAAUUCGAGAAUCCACAGAGUUGGAGGAGGAAGAGGAGAGAGGAAGAAAUACAAUUUAAGGAAAGGAAGAUGCUGCGACGAAGGGGCCUCCAGGUCCCAUACCCCUUUUCCCUUUACGAGGAGAGUGCUACUGGUGCAAGAUGGCUCUGUGCCUUUCUGAAACACCAGCUUCCUGAUUGGAGCUGUCGUGAAGCAAUGCAUUGUGGGACAGGAGUGUCUGAUUUUUGUUGUCAUUUUUGAUUGUCUCUCGUUCAAGAUCUCUCUUUAUUGUUCAUAGUAUUGUGGUGUGUAUCUCACACGUACAGUUUCUGUGGUGACAUGUUUUACGCUGUAAGUCUUCCUUUCGUUGCUCUUCUGGUGAUACAAUAACUCAGAACUCUAGAUGCAGAGCAAUCACUACCAUCACCACCACAGCCCCCCAGUGGACUCUUUCCAGCUUAUGGUUCUUUCUUAUUAGAAUGAUUUUUUUUUUUACUUUCUAAUAAUAAGCCAUGAGAUGCUUGGAAGCAUAAGUUUUGCCUAUUUUCUAUUUAGCACUUGCUUAAUAUGUUGAAGGGAUAUUUAAUUAUUUCCUCAGCAGAACAAAUCUCCACUCACUCGCUCAUCCCACAUCCCACUUGCACUCGUGCGUUCACGUCUCCUCAUACCCAAACAGUUCUCGCCAAAGUAAAGGAUGAGAAACAUCGGUGCGUGGAGUGAUUUGAAGGAACGCUGAAGGCAGAAUGUCAGGGAAAGAAAGCGUGACACGGCCAAAAGGAGGUCUGAAAGUCCCUCAACAUCCUUGUCAUGUUUGAUGCUUUUUUGCCUUAAUGUCAGAAGCAGGAUUCAUACCUGCGAGUAUGUAGAUUUCUAAGAUAUAUAAUAGAUAUCCCAGUAUAUUUAUAUCACGUCUGUAUAUUUAUUUCUGUGAGUAUCAGUGAGUCUAUACACGAUGUAUCCAGCAUUGCAUUCAGAGGGGAAAGGGAAACAUUGCUGCCAAUUAGUUGUAAUGUUGUUUCUGUGUUUGGGUUUUGUUUUUAUCAGGAUGGUGAAAU